CACGGAAUUAAAAACAACAGCAAUGGAUUACGGGUAUUUGAAAUUCAAAGCACAAAAUGGAAAAUCUGGCAUAUUUUGGGAACAAGAAAAGAAGAAACCAGAAAGAAAAUUUGGCUAUAAACGUAAAGAUCAGCGAUAUUCAAUUCGAACGAACCCACACAACGUUGUAGAGCUUGAGACAGAGCCAAACAAGGAGGAAGAUGAUGUACAUAAACCUAACUUCAUAGAGAGGAACAGGCAAUUAGCAGCUACUAAAAAUAAAGGAAAGAAACCAACACUACGUCCCCUAAAAAAAUCUCCCACAGAUACAGUGACCUUAACUCAAGAUCAGCUUAAUGCCAUCUUAGCUUCUGUAGGCAAAGUUGCAUCAGGGGAAGAAGACAACUUGCGAAUUUCAUUAGAUUCUAAGAAAAAUUCUAUAACAAUUGAGUCACCAAGGAAGAGUCGAGAUAGUGAUUAUUAUGAUCACAACUCAGCAGAAAGUGGUUAUGAUGAUGAUGAUGAUAAAUACAAUGACAAAAAGGACAAAGUGAAAAAAAGUAAAUCAAAGAACUCAAAGCCAACAGAAGAAGAAACAACGAUAUUUGCACUGCUGAAAGAGUUUAGUCCAGAAACAAAGAAACCUGCCAAGUCAAGUAGGAAGGAAGCGGACAGAAAGAAAGUAGAUGAUGAUGAAAACAAUUAUGAUUCAGAUAGAGAAAAUAUUAAGGAGAAAAGAGGUAGAAAAAAGGAAACAAGCAGAGAAACAAAGCGUGAUACUGAAAAACAGAGUAAAAACAGGGAGAAAAGUAGGGAUAGAGAGAGAAGUAGAAAACGAGAUCGUAGUCACAGCAGAGAUCGUGAUAGGAGACAGAAAAGGAAUGACAGUGACUAUGAAAACGAAAGAAGCAAUAAGGAUAUUUCAAUGGAAAGGAAAAGUAAAAAUCACAGAGACUCGUACGAAAAUAAGAAAAAUAAAUCUAAAGACAAGGAAAUUGAGAAACAUCAGGCCAGCGAGAAUGGCGAGGGUGAUAAGACAGAGGAAACUAUUGAGAAAAAAAUUAUAACUCCAAGGGAGAUAGCAGGUAUUCCCAUGUCAUUACCAUGGAAACACAUGACCUUGGGAGAACGGCGAAGGUUAAUGCUAGCCAGGAUAGAGGCUGAAGCUGCAAUAAAAGAGGCAGAGAAGAAAAAGUAUGAGAUAGAAGAACGUGAAAGGAAAGAACAUGAAGAAAAUGAUAGUGGAAGAAAAAGUCACGACAGGGAAAAGAAACACCGUAGUAGAAAUGAUCGCGACAGUGAUCGGAAAGAAAGGGACAGAAAUAAUCAUCACAAUGAUCAGGAUGAUCAGGAUGAACGCAGAAGUAGAAGGAAGGAAAGGGACAGAGACAGAAACAAUCAUCAUGAUGAUUAUGAUGAUCCUGAUGAUCGUAGCAGUAGAAGGAAAAAGAAAGCAAGUCGAGAGCGAAGACGAUACAGUCCAGAACACCAGGACAGUGAUGAGGAUGAUUACAAUGACCAUAGGAGAAAGGAUACUCGCUCACAUAGACGGAGAGAUAGUCCCACGUCACAGGAAAAGAAACACCGGGAUCGUCGUAAUAGUGACAGAGACAGAACUCCAUCAGAUGAUGAAAACAAGAAUCAAAAGACAAAAGAAAAGUCACCUGAAAGGGCAGAUUCCAAACCUCCCUUAGGUCUGCCUCCAGCACCAAAGACGCUCACCCUGGCCGAAAGGAAAAGACUUCAAUGGGAAAAGGACAGAAUUGAACUUGCAAAGCAGUAUGACCCUUGGGGAAGGCCAGGAGCUGGAGCCCCGAUAAGGACCAAAUCUGGAAAUGUAGCAGCUGACUACAAGACAAGACAGGAGGAGACACUUCGUGCAUCCAUGGAGGAGAUUGAGAAAAAGAAACAGGAACAGAAGGAGGCCCUGAUCCAGGAGAUGGAAAGAGCAGAGCCUAAAGCCACACAACAGAAUGUCCCACAUGCCAUGAGGAGUUCCUUUAUGUUUGGGCAAGCGGCUCCAGAUUCAGAUCAGUUUGAAAACACAAAGGAACUGGAAAGACGAAAGUGGAUAGAAGAAUUAGACAAACAAAAUGAAGAAAAGCGUUUGAGACAGAUGAAUAACAAGGCCAAUAAUAAUGCCAGCGAGGAAACUUGGGCAGACAAGUUCUCGACCAAUCACAAGUCAGCUGGGUUCUCCGAUCAGCUUAGAGAGCCCCCUGCUGGCAAUUCAGACCUCUACUCACCAAGAGACAAAACUCAAGAUGGGGGAAGGGUUAGCAGUGCUCCAACACAUACACAAGACACAGAUGAAAAGACAUAUAUACGAGGCCAGAAUGUGUUCAUAGACCCUGUCACCAAACGGGAAUUAGAGGAAAAGAGGAAACGCUUACUGGAACACCAGCAAGCUGUGAUGGAGCAGGUUCAACAGAAACAGCGAGAAAAGCAGAGAGAAAGGGAGCGGAAAAUGCAGGAAGACAUGGAGGAAGAGAGGAAACUGCAGGCUGAGAGAGACCGCAUACAACGCCAGUUUGAGCAGGAGCAAAAUAAAAUUAAAAUGAAAGAGGUACGAAGACAACAGGAAGUUGACAAGUUAAAAAUGGCCAUGGAUGAAGCCCACGAGUCUGCUCUUCGUGAAAAAAUAUCCCGGCGUCUGCAGCAUCUGGAUGAGGGAGGUCACGAUACGUCACAUCUCAAGGCUACAUUACAAGACAAUCCCCAAAGUGGCCGUUACCUAGCAACUGACAGGGAAUCAUUUCGAGAUUACAACAAAUCUAGGGCAAAAUUAACACCCCGAAAUAAUAAUCCCAGUACUUAUGUCCAGCCAGAGUACAUUCCAGGCUUGAACCUGGAGUUAUCUCCCCGCACAGGGCCAACACACAGAUCACACAGAGAGACCCAGAUCUUGGAUAAUGCACCAUACACAGAAAACAGAGUCCUGACCCCAAGUCAGUUUCGCCAUGGUAACGAGGCCUCACGAGAGUUCGGCACUCAAACUGGUAUGGGACAUUACUCUCCCCUUGUGCCUGAUGAUAAAACAGUCAAUGAUUCUGAUCUAUUUGAGAAGGUCGAAUUUGGUACAAAUACUGAUUUAGGCACAAACAGAGAGCAAAGUGAAGUCCAAAUCAUGUAUAAUGCACAGGGCAAAAGGGUACGGGUAAAAAGUGCUGCAAAGGAAGAUACAAAGAAAUAUCAACGAAAACCGGAACCUCCAGCGGAAAAGAAGUCAAAAUCUAGGUUAAAAGAGGAGAAAUCAAAGGAAAGACCCAAAUGGAAUUUUCAAAAUAAACGACGCAAAAAGCCAGUGAAACAGUCAGAAAAAGAUAUAAAUUUCGAGGAGAAAAGAAAGCAAAGUGAAAUAAGGCGCCUUAAGAGAGAACAGGAAUUGAUGAAUUUAGUGGACAUGAAUCGUGAUCGUAUACCUACAGAGAAACCAAAGGGAGCUAACUCUCGUGGCCACUCACCUGUGUCUGAUCAUGAAGGUCAUAGAUCAAGGAGUAUUGAACGGUUUAAUGCUAAUCGGAGGUCUAAAUCUCAUUCACCCGAAAAUGUCAGUGCACGCCAUCAACAGACAUAUCGGAUGAACUCACCCAACCAGACACAGCGGUCGUCUUCACCCGUACCAAAAGUGGUUGGAAUUGUUGACAGCAAUCACAAUACAGCCAGGGGAAGAUCACCUCCAGUUCCUGCCUUGAGAUACAAAAAAGACAAUGCAUACGACGUACAAAUAGCAGAGAGACAAACUGCUCGUAAGUACACUGACAGAGACCCUUUAGAUGUACCACUGACGGAUGGAGAAUUUGUGCCAUUCUUGAGAACUGUCGAAGUGCUUGACCCUGCCCGUGCAGGCUCCCCUCUCCAAAUAUCAAGGGAAGCUACAGCUGUAAGUAAUGCUCGUAAAGCAUACCUAAAGAGCAUGAAGCCUGGUGAUUACGGUGAAAAGGCUGACCCUUAUGAGGACCGAUUGAAAGUUCCAGGAGAGGAGAAAUCUAAGGACCCCAUUAUGAAUCCUGCCCUAGUCACUGACCGCCCCACACACAGACAGGAUGCUAUUCUUCAACAGCUCUCCUCACUCAAGAUGAAUCUGAUGCAGAAACGGAGGGAGCUAGAGACAUUUUCUCCAACAGACUUUGAAUAGUGGAUGUUUUACUCGGGUCAGACAAGUGUUCUGUGAUAUUAUCAGUGGUAACUGAUCUCUCUAAAAUAAAAUGGGAUCCUGUUGUUAGUUCCUAAGUUACACUUCUAUAUAUAUUGAAAUAAAAACAAAAAUUGUUUGAGUUUUCUGACAAAGCAUUAAGAUAUCCAUAUAGUUUGUAAAUAUUUUGGAUAUUUUCUAACAAAGUUCACAAAUAUGACAUUGUCAGCUAGUGAAAGAAAUGUGAUAUAGGAAUUACGUGUAUUUAGUUAAGGACAUUUCAACUGAACUACAGACAACACUAUCCCACAGACAUUUCUCCAGAAGUUCACGAAGUCAGCUUCUAAAAACAUUGUUGUACAAGACAACUAAACACAUAUCGGUUGUUAUGUAAGUGUAGUAUGGUAUAUAUUGCUACAGAUAAUACUGAUUUAUUGAAGUUUUGUAUUUAUUUUCAUUGAUUUUAUAAGUUUAAUAUGUCAAUGAAUCAAUAAACUGUACAAAAUUUUUACACAAUAAUUGAAGCAUGAGCUGAUUUCUCUUGUACUAUUUAUUCAUGAAAUGAAAUUCAUGUAGUAAUAUUUUGAACGACCACAAAAUUUUUAACCCAUGAAAAUAUACAGAUUUGCAGUAUGUUGAUAUGGACAUUUUCAUUUAUGUCUGGAUGUAUAGUUUAAUUCAUAUAAAGAAUAGUUCCAUUGUUGAUGGCAGGUUUUAACAUGGAAUGUCCAUCUCUGCAUCGUUAGAAUUACUGACAUGAAAUAGUGAAUUACAGUGUGUUGAUAGCAGACAAUGGAUUUCUAGAAAUGUGCUAGCCCAAGGCAUGGAAAUAUUGGCAAGGAAUACACCCCUAAACAAUUUAAUAUAUUUAUUUCAGGAAUUCAUGGAACAAAUUUCUCUUAAUGUAAAUUUUAUCUAUCAUUGGAAGUUGAAUUUUUUUAUUUAGGUUUUUAUGAAAAAAGGAAGCAAUGGAUUGAAAAAGUUAUAUAAUACCCUAGUUAAUUACCUAACAAUUCUCUAAGAAAUUCAUCCCAUCCUCAUAAUGUUUUUUUUUUUUUCUUCUACUAAAGCAAAAUAAUGGGUAAGUGUUCUAAAUAGAAAAUGGCUGCCUGUCUUCCAAACCUCACUACUAAACAUAAUCUGUUCUGUAUAACAAUAAAAUGGCUGUUGGUGCUCAGUACUUUUACAGGUUUAGAUACACCCAAAUUAAUUGUGUAUGUUGAAACACUGUUUAUAAUCAGCAUGAUGCUGAUGUGGCCGAAUUUUGUGUUUGUUGAAACAUGUCAACAUUGACAGACAGGUUACAAUUUUUUCUCCACAUAGAAGGAAUUUUGUCAGACAAAUCCUGUGUAUUUUGUUUGCAGUAGCAUGUGAUUGUGAUUGGUUGUCUAUAAUAUUGCUAUAAUAAUAUAUAUUAUAGUUAAUCAUUAUUUAUUUAUUGUACGUUUGUUUUUUAAGAAUCAGAUCUGUUAUGAUGUUAACAGUUUAAAUAUUUUACCUGUUAUUAUGUAAAAGUAAUCCCAUCAGUUGUCUCGCCUUUUUUACAUCGACAUGGACUUGCAUUAUCCUGGUGCUAUAUGAUAAUCUCUGUACCGUGAUGUUUGGUAGUAAGACAUCUUUACCUGAUGUUUUGAUGACCCAACACUGACUAUACUUUUAUAUUUCUCUAAAUCUUUCAUUAAAUCACACGAUACUUACAUAGUUGUAACUCCAGAGUCAUUAAUUUACUGAUAAUUGAUAAAAACCAGUGGCUUUAAGCACUGUUUGAUACUAUACUUCUACGAUGAAUGAAGAUUACAAAAAUCAGUGUCCUAAACCAUUCCCAGUAACAAGGUUUAGAUAAUAUAAUAAUACCAGAUCUGUGGAAAUUCAUGAGAUAAUCUUUGUUGGUAUUUUGUCAAAGAAUUUGUGCCUGUUAUGUUGUGUUUUGUUUGAAGCCAUUAUUAUAGAAUUUGGUCAGUGUUUUGACAAGAGAGUUAUGUCUGUUAGAGAUAAAAAUUCUGUUAUGCUCGGGAGGUUGUAUCUGUUUUAUACACAUGAUACUCUUUUAUGUUAGUGUCUGUUUUAUGUUGAAUAAAAGCACAUUUUGUUCAUAUUCCAUUACGCAUUAAAUAUAUAUUUCUUCAGAAGUGCCAGACAUUUGAUGGGCUGUGUGAACAUAUCAACACAUCUUAUUGAAGGGUGAUUUUUAAAACAUUUGUUAAUGUAGUUAGACUGACUAUCAGUGGCAGAUACAUUGGUUUAUCUUUUCUAUUGAUGAAUUAUAGGUGAUUGAUUUUUGUAAUGAAUCUAAAAGCAAGUACUCUGUAAUGUCAGCAGUGAGAAACAUCCAGCUUUUGUUCCAAGAGAUCGAUUCAGACCACAUUGACAUAAGGGUAUGAAAGAUACCCAAAUCAUCAAGAGAACCUGACAUUGUGAUGAGCAUAUCUGAAAAUAUCAUAGCUUGUGCAGGUAUUACAGUUUACAGUAUAUUUAUUUUUUACCAUUGAACUGAAUUAUCAGAAAUCAGCAGAUUAUUGAAAAAUCAUCUCUUCAUAUACCAUUGAAUUAUCAGAAAUUAGCAGAUUACUGAAAAAUUAUCUCUUUAUUCAAGGAAGAUUUUGGGGAAGUAUUGUAUUACUGUCUUGCAAUUGUUCUUAAAUCAUAAGUUUCUGCUAUACUUGUGAAACACAGUUGGUAUUUAAUAGGAAACCAGUAUAAAAUUUAAUUGUAUGGAUAUAUCAAUCAGAUUGAGUAUCAUUACAUAAACCUGUUCAUCUUAAUACAUAGACAGUACAAACUUACAAUAUAACAUACAGGUUUUAUAUCUAUACUUUGUUCCUACUGGCUUAACAGUCUUGUACAAUCUUUUAGAUGAUGACAUCAUCCUAACGUUAAAGAUGUCAUUACCCUUAAGAUGGAAGUCAAGUAGAAACAUCAAUUUGUUUCCAGUGUCAACAUAGAAAUCAGGGAUCUCUCAGACUUGUUCAAGUUAUAAACUGAAAUAUUUCAUACAAGGUGGCUCAUUUUUCAGUAUGUUCAAUAUAUAAUUUAUUCGUAGAAGUCUAGAAAUAAUUCUCAGGAUUUGAAUGACUUAAUUACAGGUAUUUUUUACACAUACAUUAUACUUGUGAUAUCAAACGGUUCCCUGUUGAUUUAAGUGACUUUACAUGUUUUAGUGAGGAUUGUAUAGAUUUGUAAACCACUAAAAUAUGUACAGAGGGACCAAAUUGUACUAUAAAUUAUAUCAAAUUGUCCAUUACAACAUUAAUUUAAUUUGGCUAGAAUUACAGAGCAUGCUCAUCCAAUUCUUUAUUUCUCAUAUUCCACAUCAGUAAAUGGGGAUGGGUAAUUGAUAUAACAUGGUCUCUUGUCAACUUCAUCAAGAUCUCCCAUUCCACAGGAAAGGAAGCAAAAUGAAAGAUUAAAAUUAGAAUGAACUCCUGUCUAAUUAACAACUAGGUAGUCUAUUUAUUUAAAAUAUGUAAUGUCAGGUCACAUAAAAGAAAACUUUGUACCAAAGAAAUAGAAAAUAAAACCUAUACAAUUUUA